AUGACCUGGAAAGAAAACUGCAUUGCCAUCGAAACUGACAAUGCACCAGUAAUACUCGUCACAAAUGAAGACGAGGAGUUCCAUAUGCAAGAUGAUUAUACAAAAUUAUCUAGACACUACAUAGCACCUGUGUCACAACGCCUCCUUAAAAACAUUCGUACACGAAUCAUCAUGGACCAGCGCACUUGGGAGAUCCUGGUGGAAAUCCUGCUGUAUUUCACAUUUGUUGUCAUAGUGUUCCUGGUGGUUUUGGGCCACAGUGAUGUGAAGGAGUCCUACAGUGUUACCAAUGAUGUUGAGAAUAUCUACAUCCGUACAUUUGAACAUAACCAAACUAAAUAUUUUUAUAAAGUAACUGACUCACACACUAUGUGGGAAUAUUUGAAUGAUACGUUUUUGGACAAAGUCUUUUUUGGGCCGUCCACUCCAAUUCCAAAUGCACUAUCAUUUCUUGUGGGAAGGACAAGAUUGCGACAAAUAAGAAUACGUGAAGAACCUUGUAUCUACUUUUUGGAUUUGAAGUCAAGACUAAAUUCAUCAGAAGAGUGUUUUCCACCCUAUAGUUAUGGUGCUGAAGAAUCUCGUUCUUACACUGAACACUGGGAACAUGAAACAACUGACGAAGAGAUAACAAAGUGGACAUAUCAGUCUAGUCUAGACACCCUUCCAAUUAUGGGAAGGCUCGACAUCUAUCCUGGUGGGGGAUAUAUUCUUCAGUUACCAAGACAUCCUUAUAAGGCACGAGAGCUUAUAGAAAAAGUUAAAAAGACAAAAUGGAUUGAUGAACGGACGCGGGUGGUGUUUGUGGAAUUCACUCUUUUCAACCCAAAUGUCCAGCUGUUUACUGUAGUGGUGCUUAUGUUUGAAUACUCCAACACUGGUUUCGUGUUUCCCUACCAUCUGAUUUACACGGCUAACUUCUAUCACUACCAGAAUGAAUUUGAGACCUUUGUUGCCGUUGUCGAGGUCCUCUUUGUUAUAUAUCUGUUUAUUUUUACUUAUACUGAAUUAAAAAAAAGUCUUAAAAUGAAAUGUCUUGACUACUUCAAUGAGUCAUGGACAUUCGUUGAACUAACCAUUUUGUGUUUAGCGUACUCCACUAUUGCUCUGUUUAUUAAUCGGCUUCUUGUGUGUAAUAAUCUGAUGAACACUUUUGCAGACAAUAAUUUUGAGAAGUUUGUUAAUUUUCACACUGCUGCAUUUUAUGAUUCCUUACUAAGAUACGUUAUGUCAGCUUUAGUCCUGUUGGUAAUUCUCAAGUUCUUCAAACUGCUUCGUUUCAAUGUCCGAUUAUCCAUGCUUGCAAAAACACUUCAUUCCGCAAGAGGAAGACUGAUCGCAUAUUCGUUUUCUUUGUUUGGAUUUACCAUGGCAUUUGCUAUAUUUGCUGUUCUGGUCUUUGGCACUACACUUGAAGGAUACAGAAAUAUUCCAAGGACGGUUAUAACCAUGUUCCUUUUUAUGAUGGGAAAGUCUGAUUACUAUGGUCUUUAUGAAGGCAAUGCUGUUCUUGGUCCGUUGUUUUUCUUUGUCUUUUCAUUGACAUUUCAGUUUCUGUUUGUGCAGUAUUUUAUUACUCUUCUUAUGGAUUCAUUUCAUACUACCAGGAUUCACUUAGCCUCGGUAAAAACUGAGGUUCACAUGGUUCAGUACAUUCUUAGGAAAUUCCGUUUGAUAACGAUGGUUGAUUCACAAAAAAAGAAGGAAAAACGUAAAAUUGUUGAAGAUUUCUAAAAUCUGUUUGUUAAUUGUUCCAAAGUAUUUUGUUACAGGCAAAAUGUUCCUUUUUAUGAUGGGCAAGUCUGAUUACUAUGGUCUUUAUGAGGGCAAUGCUGUUCUUGGUUCAUUGUUUUUGUUUCUCUUUUCAUUGACAUUUCAGUCUCUGUGCAGUAUUUUAUUACUCUUCUCAUGGAUUCAUUUCAUAUUAUUAUGAUUCACAGAGCCUCGGUAAAAACUGAGGUUCACAUGGUUCAGUACAUUCUUAGGAAAUUCUGUUUAAUAACGAUGCAUGAUAACGAUGGUUGAUUCACAAAAAAAGAAGGAAAAACGUAAAAUUGUUGAAGAUUUCUAAAAUCUGUUUGUUAAUUGUUCCAAAGUAUUUUGUUACAGGCAAAAUGUUCCUUUUUAUGAUGGGCAAGUCUGAUUACUAUGGUCUUUAUGAGGGCAAUGCUGUUCUUGGUUCAUUGUUUUUGUUUCUCUUUUCAUUGACAUUUCAGUCUCUGUGCAGUAUUUUAUUACUCUUCUCAUGGAUUCAUUUCAUAUUAUUAUGAUUCACAGAGCCUCGGUAAAAACUGAGGUUCACAUGGUUCAGUACAUUCUUAGGAAAUUCUGUUUAAUAACGAUGCAUGAUUCACAAAAAAAGAAGGAAAAACGUAAAAUUGUUGAAGAUUUCUAAAAUCUGUUUGUUAAUUGUUCCGAAUUAUUUUGUUACAGGCAAAAUGUUCCUUUUUAUGAUGGGCAAGUCCGAUUACUAUGGUCUUUAUGAAGGCAAUGCUGUUCUUGGUUCAUUGUUUUUGUUUCUCUUUUCAUUGAUAUUUCAGUUUCUGUUUGUGCAGUAUUUUAUUACUCUUCUCAUGGAUUCAUUUCAUACUACCAGGAUUCACUUAGCCUCGGUAAAAACUGAGGUUCACAUGGUUCAGUACAUUCUUAGGAAAUUCCGUUUGAUAACGAUGGUUGAUUCACAAAAAAAGAAGGAAAAAUGUAAAAUUGUUGAAGAUUUCUAAAAUCUGUUUGUUAAUUGUUCCAAAGUAUUUUGUUACAGGCAAAAUGUUCCUUUUUAUGAUGGGCAAGUCUGAUUACUAUGGUCUUUAUGAGGGCAAUGCUGUUCUUGGUUCAUUGUUUUUGUUUCUCUUUUCAUUGACAUUUCAGUCUCUGUGCAGUAUUUUAUUACUCUUCUCAUGGAUUCAUUUCAUAUUAUUAUGAUUCACAGAGCCUCGGUAAAAACUGAGGUUCACAUGGUUCAGUACAUUCUUAGGAAAUUCUGUUUAAUAAUGAUGCAUGAUAACGAUGGUUGAUUCACAAAAAAAGAAGGAAAAACGUAAAAUUGUUGAAGAUUUCUAAAAUCUGUUUGUUAAUUGUUCCGAAUUAUUUUGUUACAGGCAAAAUGUUCCUUUUUAUGAUGGGCAAGUCCGAUUACUAUGGUCUUUAUGAAGGCAAUGCUGUUCUUGGUUCAUUGUUUUUGUUUCUCUUUUCAUUGAUAUUUCAGUUUCUGUUUGUGCAGUAUUUUAUUACUCUUCUCAUGGAUUCAUUUCAUACUACCAGGAUUCACAGAGCCUCGGUAAAAACUGAGGUUCACAUGGUUCAGUACAUUCUUAGGAAAUUCCAUUUGAUAACGAUGCUUGAUGUACAAAAAAAAGCAGGAAAAUCGUAAAAUUGUUGAAGAUUUCUAAAUUCUGUUUGUUAAUUGUUCCAAAGUAUUUUGUUAUAGGCAAAAUGUUCCUUUUUAUGAUGGGCAAGUCUGAUUACUAUGGUCUUUAUGAGGGCAAUGUUGAUUCAUUGUUUUUCUUUUUCUUUUCAUUGAUAUUUCAGUUUCUGUUUGUGCAAUAUUUUAUUACUCUUCUCAUGGAUUCAUUUCAUACUACAAGGAUUCACAGAGCCUCGGUAAAAACUGAGGUUCACAUGGUUCAGUACAUUCUUAGAAAAUUCCGUUUGAUAACGAUGCUUGAUUCACACAAAAAGUAGGAUAAACGUAAAAUUGUUGAAGAUUUCUAAAAUCUGUUUGUUAAUUGUUCGAAAGUAUUUUGUUACAGGCAAAAUGUUCCUUUUUAUGAUGGGCAAGUCUGAUUACUAUGGUCUUUAUGAGGGCAAUGCUUUUCUUGUGUCAUUGUUUUUCUUUCUCUUUUCAUUGACAUUGCAGUUUCUGUUUGUGCAGUAUUUUAUUACUUUCCUCAUGGAUUAAUUCCAUGCUACAAUUAUUCGGUAAAAUCUGAGGUUCACAAAAAAAGCAGGAUAAACGUACAAUUGUUGAAGAUUUCUCAAAUCUGUUAAUUGUUCAAAAGUAUUUUGUUACAGGCAAAAUAUCCGAUUAUGAAGGCAAUGUUGUUCUUCGUCCGUUGUUUUUCUUUCUCUUUUCAUUGACAUUUCAGUUUCUGUUUGUGCAGUAUUUUAUUACUCUUCUCAUGGAUUAAUUUCAUAUUAUCAGGAUUCAGAUAGUCUUGGUAGAAACUGAAGUUCACAAAAAAGCAGGAAAACCCUAAAAAUUUUGAAGAUCUGUUUGUUAAUUUUUCCAAAGUAUUUUGUUACAAAGUGAAAAUAAAAUAUACUGAUUGGU